GUGGGGGUGGACGGGCCCGCGCGUCGGUGACAGGCCUCGAGGCUGUAUCAACGGAGGGGACGGUCGACGGACGGGACCAGCGGCGCUCGCUAACCGCAGCGUGCCUGUGAUACCUAACUUGCGGCUUGCUGAGAUCCGCGCUGCUCCCGGCAGGCUGAAAAGACGAUUGUUUACAGCGUGUCUGUCGGCGCAGUCUAUCCCACGAGCGGUAGGCGGCGGCAGUUUGCAGCUGGCGCGGGUGACCUCGUUUUACCGAGGUGUAUGCCCAAUACUGAAGUGCAAAUUCUCGGUGAUAUAAUGAGUCGGCCCCGGCCCCUGUCGGGGAUGCGGCCUGACGACGUGUUCUACGAGCUGAGCCCCGUGACCGAGUAUCUGCUGCUGGGCGGCGCUCCGGCCGUCACCGUCGAACGCAUCCGCCAGCUGGGCGUCACCUGCGUCAUCAACGUCACCGAGCUGCCCAACCUGCCCGUCGCCGGUGUCGACUACAUCCGCAUCGCCAUCGACGACUUGCCGUCGGCGCAGCUGUCGGCCUUCUUCGACAGCGCGGCCGACGCCGUGGAGCAGCAGCGGCGGCGCGGGGGCCGCACGCUGAUACACUGCGUGGCCGGCGUCAGCCGCAGCGCCUCGCUCGUGCUGGCCCACCAGGUCAAACACGCCGGCCUCAGCCUGCGCGAGGCGUUCCAGCGCGUGCGGUCGCGCCGCGCCGUCGUGCGGCCCAACGCCGGCUUCUUCCAGCAGCUGAUCGAGUUUGAGCGGCGCGUGCGCGGCAGCGCGAGCGUGCGCAUGGUGCGUCACCCGGCAGGCGGCGGCGAGCUGAUCCCGGACGUGUACGAGACCGAGUACCGGCGGCUUAUCGGCUGGGCCGAGUGGCUGCGCACCAAAAACCUGGAGCCGGAGGACGACAGCGCUGAGUGGUGGCCCGACGCGGACGACUGCUGUGACGACGAGUGGCGCGGUGGCGUUUGCGGCGCCGACGAUGUGGCGCGCGGUCGCGAGCGGGCCGGGCCGCGCGGUCUAUAGAUGGCUGGCAGCAGCCAAGACCUAGCGCGAGAGUGCGCGUCAACCAGGCGCGAGGUAAGACGCUGCGAGAGUCGGGACCGCGCGUGACGAACCCACGGUGGCUGGCGACGAAAUUUCGUAACCUUAAUAAUGACAGGGUUAUGACGGGCGCAGAAGCACAGAGCACGGUGUGUUAUGACGGGCGCAGAAGCACAGAGCACGGUGUGUUCGUCGACGCGGCUCCUCCGAACACGUGCGCCGCCUCCCCCUCUCGUCUUCCAACUCCGAGUAGUUGCCCCAGCGCUCGUGAAGCCUCACGAGCACGUGCUAGCCGAUUCGGAUCUGGCGUCGUGCCGGGCGCGCAGUUGUACCCGCAGCGUCACACAUACCAACGCCAUACCAACGGCCGUGUAGGUGAGGCUCCCUGCUGGCCCUACGCAACCUCAGCCGGCCGCAUGUGAGGACGAAAGACUUCAGAGCCGACGAACGUCGCGCGCUGGGCCGCGCUGCGAGGCAUCGCCGUUGGGGGACCACGUGUUGGAGGGCGCCA